AUGGCGCGAGGUCCCCACACGGAGCUGCCAGAGCUCCAGGUGCAGGAGGCGGUGGACUCCGUGGUGAAGAGUCUGGAGGGCAAGAACAUCUGGAAGAUGCAGAGUCUCAUGUUCCGGUGCAGCGCCAGCUGCUGCAACGACAGCCAGGCCUCCAUGCAGCAGGUGCUCCAGUGCACUGAGCGCUGCCACGUGCCUCUGGCUCAAGCCCAGGCCCUGAUGACCAGCAAGUUCAAGAAGUUCCAGGACCACCUGGCUAGGUGCAUCAUGCAUUGCAACGGCAAAGCCAAAGAGUUAAUAGAUGCUGGGAGUAAAGAGCUUCAGGUGACGUGGCAAUUGGGGAGUUGUGUGACCCAGUGUGUGGAUGACCACACGAACCUCAUUCCACCCAUGACCAAGAAGAUGAAGGAGUCUCUGUCAUCCAUUUAA